AUGUUUGAGCUUUGUGGUUUUGAUUUACGCGCGGCUUAGUAUUUUAUCGAUAACAAUAAGAUCUCGAUUUAUAUAUGCAUUUAAGAAUGAAUCCCGUGCUCUGCGUCGGCUGCACCGUUAUUGACUUUGUGACAAUCAACGACAACUUUCCCGAGGAGGACACGGACAGGCGAUGCCUCGACGGAUUUUGGCAGCGUGGUGGAAAUGCCUCUAAUGUCAGCACCGUGCUGCGCCUACUCGGGUCCGAUGUCGACUUCUUUGGCAUGCUUAGCCACGCGGGCGCAUUCCGUGUGCUGCUCGACGAUCUGCAUCGGAGGGGCAUUGAUGUGCAGCACUGUCCCCACACAGAGAUGGAUCCGCCAUUCUCUUCGGUGAUUAUUGUCAAGGCAACGGGAUCACGCACCAUUGUGCACUGCAAUAAAAACUAUCCAUAUGUGACGUGGCAGGAUUUCAGCAAGAUCGAUCUCAAGCGCUAUGGCUGGAUACACUUUGAGGCACGCAAAGCGUCCGAAACGAUAAAAAUGAUGAGAGCCGUGCAGGAGCACAAUAGGAUGAAUGAGGAGCGCAUCAUCAUCUCACUAGAUUUUGAGUCACUGUUUGAGGCAAAUUUGCCGCUCUGCGGUCUGUGCGACUAUGUCGUCUUCUCCAAGGAACUCGCCAACCAGCAGGGCUGGCAAACGGCACAGGAAACAUGCACGGAACUUGCUCACAGAGUAAAACCCAACUGCCCAAGCAUAAUUUGCCCGUGGGGCAACACAGGAGCUGUGUGUUUGGAUGCCACCACGCAGAAUCUUCACAAUGGACCCGCCUAUGAGCCAAAGCAGAUCGUGGAUACACUGGGUGCUGGCGAUAGCUUCAUGGCCGGAUUCAUAUACGCAACGUAUGCGUUACGGCAAAGCCUGCCAGAUGCUGUGGAUCUCGCUAACCGGGUGGCUGGACACAAGAUAUCCCAAUUCGGAUACGAUCACAUUGCGCAACUUCAAAAGGACAACAAGCCAGGAAAUAUUUGAAAUAUUUAAACAAAAUUGUAGCUAUGUAUGUAUAUAUUUGUAUAUAAUAAUUAAAUAUGUGCAUGAUAUAUUAUGAAAUAGGAAACAAAACGCUUGAGGGCGUGAAACGAUUCACUCAAGCUCCCAAUGACAAUUACAGCAUUCCAAGAAUAAUAAAUAAUUGCCCUGAGACUAA